UAUACUCAAAAUCCGACGACGCAGAACUUAGAGAGAAGAACAGCGAGAGUGAGAAACAAUGGUGUCAGGGUCGGGGAUCUGCGCGAAGAGGGUGGUGGUGGACGCGCGCCACCACAUGUUGGGAAGGCUUGCGUCGAUCGUGGCGAAGGAGCUUCUGAAUGGGCAAAAGGUGGUUGUUGUGAGGUGCGAAGAGAUUUGCAUCUCUGGUGGCCUCGUAAGGCAAAAGAUGAAGUACAUGCGCUUCCUUCGCAAACGCAUGAACACCAAGCCCUCCCAUGGUCCCAUUCACUUCCGUGCUCCCUCUAAGAUCUUCUGGCGCACAGUUCGUGGAAUGAUACCGCAUAAGACAAAGCGUGGUGAAGCUGCUCUUGCUCGAUUGAAGGUUUAUGAGGGUAUCCCUCCUCCGUAUGACAAGACAAAGAGGAUGGUUGUCCCUGAUGCUCUCAAGGUGUUGAGGCUUCAGAAGGGACACAAAUAUUGUCUUCUGGGCAAAUUGUCAUCUGAGGUUGGAUGGAACUACUAUGAUACCAUCAGGGAGCUGGAGAAGAAGAGGAAGGAAAGAGCACAAUUGGCUUAUGAGAGGAAGAAGCAACUUGCCAAAUUAAGGGUGAAAGCUGAGAAGGUUGCAGAGGAGAAGCUUGGUUCCCAAAUUGAAAUUCUUGCCCCUGUUAAGUACUGAGUAGUCUUAGUGUUUUUUGAAGUUUUGUUUUGAGGUGUAUACCCAAUUGAACUCCGUUUUCAGUUUUGCUGGUCUUACGUGUUGUUGGAUCUAGAUAUGAUAAUCUUGGAAGGUGUUUUAAUUUCUUUGCUCUAGAAUUUUUAUGACAUCCUAUUAAAUUACUUGUGGUUUUUGGUGUUGCCUAGCUAUUAUGAGAAUAAUGUGGGUUCGAUUUGUUGGCAUGAGAUACCAAGAGGGAAUUGUGAAUCGACUCUCUUGCAUAUUUUGCAAAUGGGCUACGUGGAUUAGUCUUCAAAUUUAUUUUCUAGGCAACUUCGUUUUCUGCAGGGAUUUUGAUCUGGGCCGUAACAACUGACAAACGUGUUGUGCUCAGAUAUAAAAUCUUGUUUCUCCGUCUGACCAUGCGUAAUUUCGUUUUAGUUGUGGUUGUUUAAACUUCAACCAUGUCUUGUGAUUGUUCAUGCAUUCAAGUAAUUAAGUAAAUUGUAUUUGUUUAAUCGAUUUUGAUCUAAAUGUAUAUAGAGCAUCGUAAAUGCAUUUUAAAGCAGG